AUGCGCGUUCGCUACGCGGGUCUGCUGCUCGCAGCCGUAGCCGUGUCGAAACACAUCAACGAGGUCAAUUCGACCGUCCUUCCCGGCUCGCUCCGUAUCGACACUCGCAACGGUCACGCUCAGAAGGACCUACGAAAUGCUGACAACGGCAACGAAGAGAGAAACGCUCUCUCUGAAGGGGCCCUGUCGAUGCAUUUGACGUCGAUGUUUAAAGACCUAGGGGCCAAAGAGGUGGAACAAAUGACCAACGUUGCUUGGUCAGCUCUGCAUAACGAAAAGCCGAGCUUUCUUUUAGAUAGCGAGGGUGUUGCAGGCAAGUACAUUGAGGCGGCUCGUUCGGAUACGAUGACAGCUGACUCCAAGUUGACUUUUGAAGAAAAUGAAGCCAUUCUGGUAUCUGUGGUCGUCGCGUUGAGAGGUCGUGAGAACCCGGAGGAUCUACGAAACAUCGCUGACAGCUUGCAGCGGUUUCUGAUAACCGUGUGGGACAAUCGCGGCCAGAGACCCGAUGAAGUGUUCAAACUACUUGGGCUCGCCGAAGUGAUCGAACAGGCGAAGUUUGCAUCUUAUGUGGACGGAGCUGCCAGUCUUGUGAACAGCCAAAAGUUUGCAAUUUGGAUUGCAUACGUGCGUCACAUUUGCUUAAACAAUGAUCUUGCGGCACAAACGGUGAUGGCAACGACCUUGGUUCCUCACUUUCGGAACUGGAAAGUUACCGAGGAUUUCGUUGGGAGAAUAUUUGGACAGUUAGGGCGGUCCGACAAGUGGCUCGACGUGCAGCAUAACGGGCAGCUGCACAUCGAGGGCGACAGGGAGAAGAAGGGCGGCCUGAGUUACGUGAAAGGGACGGAGAGCAGAGGCAGAAAGCGAGGGCAAGAGGAAGCUUCUGAUCUUGAGCUGGAUUCCUCAUCGAAGCAAAAGCGAGCGAGGCGCAUCCAGCUGCAGAGAAUUAAGAGAUCGAUCAAUGGCUUGUCAAACAUAAAUUUGAUGGGAUAG